AUGUCGUCCAAAACAGAUCAAGAUAACAGUGGACAUCGUUUUACACAAUUCAAAUUGGUCCUUUUGGGGGAAAGUGCUGUAGGUAAAUCAUCUAUCGUUCACAGGUUUGUUAAGAAUACUUUCGAUGAUAUGAGAGAAUCUACAAUAGGAGCAGCGUUUUUGACUCAAUCGAUUACCAUACCUGAGACCAAUACGACAGUCAAGUUUGAAAUAUGGGAUACUGCGGGACAAGAGCGUUACAAAUCAUUAGCCCCUAUGUACUAUAGAAAUGCCAAUGCUGCCUUAUGCGUCUAUGACAUUACAAGUAGUGCAUCCUUCGUAAGAGCUCAAGAAUGGAUCAAGGAAUUGAAGAAACAGGCACCCUGGGGUAUAGUCAUAUGCUUAGUUGGUAACAAAGCAGAUUUAGAGGAGAGCAGAGAGGUAGAACAGAAAGAGCUUGAAUCAUACAUCGAGGAACUCAACCAAGAUGGAGAAAAUAAAGUUAUAGGAACUGAAUGUUCUGCAAAGACUGGCGAAGGAGUCUUGGAAGUGUUUAAUAAAAUCGCAAGGGCUCUCCCUGUCGAAGAGUCCAUUGCAACUGCCAAUGCUAGAACCAGGCAAUCUACAAAUAGGAGGUCCGGUGGUGUUGACUUAAAUAGAGGUAGAAGACAGCAGCCAGAGUCUAAUAGCUGCUGCUAG